AGGCGCUGCUCAGCCGCCUGGCAGCAGAGCGGGGAAAGCCACACCGGAGCCGGCUGAGCCCAGGUUCCCGAGCCCCAGGAGGUGGAUGGGGGGGCGCUUCCCGAAGCCGGGGAAAGGCGGACGCUGUGACUUGGCCAUGGGCGGCUGGAGGCACCAGGCAACUGCUGCAUGGAGUUUAAAGGGAGCCCUGCCCGGGGACAGGGAGCACUGACGGCCCCGGGGCGCCCCUGGGCCACGCGUCCCGCUGCCGGAGAUUGAUCCCGAGGCUCACCCCUCUCCUUCCCUGCCCCCGCCCCAUGCCCCCCGCUAAAAGGGGAGCGCUGGAGCCCCGCGAAAGCCCGUGCUCGCCUCGGGGGCUGCAUGUUUUCUACCCGCGGGGCGUGUGACCGGAGACUUCUCGUCUUGGGCGGAGGAAAAUAAACCACCACCGCCCCCCCGGCCAGCAGCGACCUGGAGGGGGGCCGAGGGAGCCAGGGGAGAAAACCCGUAGCGGCGGCGGCGGCGGCGGCGCCUGCUGGGGAGGUGCUCUGCUGGUGAGGGGGAAAUUGCUGAUUGCUAGAUGAGAGGAAAGAGAAACAGCGAUGACUACCACUGCAUGCCAGUAAGAGGGAAAACAGGUGGAGAAAGGCACUCUGGAUCCAUUCACUGAGGAGGGGGUGCUUCAUGAAAGACGGGAUCCUGUCUCCUUGCGGCUAGCAAAUACUGGAAAAGGUUGUACUUGCAGGGAGAAGAUGCCAUUCCACCAUGUAACGGCUGGCUUGUUAUACAAGGGGAACUACCUGAAUCGAUCACUCUCUGCUGGCAGUGACAGUGAACAGCUAGCCAAUAUCUCUGUGGAGGAAUUGGAUGAAAUCCGUGAAGCCUUUCGGGUACUGGACAGGGACGGGAAUGGCUUUAUCUCCAAGCAGGAGCUGGGCAUGGCUAUGCGUUCUUUGGGAUACAUGCCUAGUGAGGUAGAACUGGCAAUUAUCAUGCAGCGUCUUGAUAUGGAUGGGGAUGGCCAGGUUGAUUUUGAUGAAUUUAUGACCAUUCUUGGACCUAAGCUGGUAUCUUCAGAAGGGAGAGAUGGUUUUCUUGGAAAUACAAUAGACAGCAUAUUCUGGCAGUUUGACAUGCAAAGGAUAACGCUGGAAGAGCUCAAACAUAUUCUGUAUCAUGCAUUCCAGGAUCAUUUAACAAUGAAGGACAUUGAAAACAUCAUCAUCAAUGAAGAGGAGAGUUUGAAUGAAAACUCUGGCAACUGCCAACCAGAGUUUGAAGUUCACUCCCAGAAACAGAACAGACAGACCUGUGUACGGAAGAGCCUUAUAUGUGCAUUUGCCAUGGCCUUUAUUAUAAGCGUCAUGCUGAUUGCAGCCAACCAGAUCCUCCGGAGCGGCAUGGAAUAGCCUUUCAACAUAACACUGUGAACCAAACUCACCAUGCAUGCGCAUGCCAAUGGGUGAACUUUUUCCUCAAUCAACUUUGAAAAGGGAAAUAAAGAAAGAGGCGGGCAGAUAAAGAACCAGUCGACAAGGAACCCGAGGCCAGCAGUGUAAUACGUCUUGUGAAUCAACUACAUCCUCUUGGCAGGGACAUAAAAGGGCUGUCUUAAUGCUUUAAUGGUUUAGUUUCCUAAUGCAAUAAACAUAUAGGAGUCCUGAAUUAUUGCUUCAAAACGGCGGCGGUAACUUGAAGGAGGACUCACUUUCAUCCAGAGUUAUAUUUUGUGAUUCUGAAGAAGCGCAGCCUUACGAGCUAUUUUUGUGGGACUGUCUUUUAACCUAGGGGGCCAACAGACUAUUUUGAGUAGCUUUCCUGGAGUCCCACGUUCCCAGGAAGUCGAUCAUAGCGUAGCCACAAGCAACUACAGUUUGUUUUACUUCACUUACUUCGCUGUGUUUUCCCUUAUGACUGUGCGCUCAAGUCUACGGCAUUGGAGGGGAGCUAGAAAGUCCUUGUAUAGUAUUUUCAAAUUUCAAAAAGGAAAAUUUGCUAGUAUUGCGCAAAUUUUUAUUUUUUUGGUUUUAAACCCACCUUUGACAAGAUUGUGGGGGAAGCACUCUGUGCUUUUUUUUCUGUUUCAAUCAGGGCUUUUAAAAGAAAAGGAAAAAAAAGCUUGCUUUAGCACAUGGGCAUUUUAAAAAUCUGUGCACAGUCUUCCUACUGAGUCUGCAACCAGCGCUAUCAAUUAAAGAUCAUCAUGUUGGGCUCCAUCUGUGCAUCAGAGGUCACUCACUGGUUUUCAGCAAACUCGCUUUUGCCCUUGCUCUAAAUUGGUCUUGCACAAGCUUCUCAGACACCAAAAAUCCUAGGAGAACUCUUCCAAUAAAAACAAUAUUUUUUGAGUCCUGGCUCCAAUUACACGCUUUGUUAUGGAAAUGAGGUGUCAGAAGUCUCUAUGCUAGGCACCUUCUAUUAAAAAAUAUAUAUAUAAAGUAGCUCACACCUUUGACUUUUUGGUGGUGUUCGUUUUUGAUCAUUCGACUGUUCUGUCUUUUAUCAGGGGCAGUUUUUCCCCUCGUGCGUAGGCUCAUGGGAGAGAAAACUGAAAAGCAGAAAGCAACAAGCAGCGGAAGAGCUCAGAGUAGAAAAUACUGCCAUAUGUUACAUAGCACGUCAGCCGUUCAGAUCCUGAGAGUUACUCAUUUUUCCUGGAAGAGAUUUUCACGAGCGGCACAAACAAGAUCAGGGAGUUAUGCAGACAAAAGGUACAACAUGUACUGGGAUGAGCACAAGAACUACGCACGCUUGAUGCCAGGAUCAAAUAUGGAAUUUUUAUUUUUUUAAACAAGGCAUGAUCCUUGCAUUUAGCUUUGAACGAUCCUCGCGUGAUCUGGGUACGAGGUAGGGGUGAAAGUCACCUGCUAUCGUCAAAUGGACAGCGUGUGUCCGGGGAGGAGAGGAGGUGUUGGCUGUAUUUCUUUAGAUACCCGAGUGCAGGGUUAGAGCCCUAAGAGCUGCAGGAGUCGAGUGCUGCCAGCUACGUUAGAUGCCCCCGAGGGGGUGGAAAGCGUCACUGUGAAAGUGGGGCCAAGGAGCAGAUGCUUCACCUUUUUAACGGGAGGCAGAGCUUAGUCUCCAACACGCACUUCCCCCGGAUUGUCAGUGGAACUUUGGGUGCGCCGGCCACAAUCACUGCAGAGACGCACAGUGCUCCAUUCCUUCUCUCCCCCCUACAAUGCAGCCAAGCAUCUUAAACCCUGAUCUGUCCUGAAAACUAACAGUCUUUUUGUUUGGCUACCAGGUUGGUCUGUUACAUGUAAUGCGUAUUUUUAUUUGGUCUGAUUUGAAAGUGAUCACGAUGGAACCAUUCCUUCCUCUUCUUCUGCCUCCUCCUCCAUCUACAGACACUUCAGCCAUUCACAAUGGAUGUGUUCAGUAUCUCUCAUGGAUUUGCAUUCCUCUCCUCCCCCCCCCCCACCUAAAUCCACAAUCUUUUCAUCAUCCAUCUUUUCCCUGUUUCUGAGCAAGACAACUUUAGUUUUCAAAGCAACCAUGCAAUUUUUCUGCUUAGGUUUCAGGACAUGGCGUGCGUGCACACACACACCCCUUCAUUUCUGUUCUACUGUGGCCAAAACUGGAUCAAUGGGUAGAAUAUUCUCCGAGAAGCAUUCCUUCUCCCAGAAGGAGAGAUUUACGUACGGUAUGGGACAGGAACGGACUUCAAAACAAAACCAAAUCCUUGGAGAGUUCUAAACACAUGCUUCUCGUCACUAGGGAACAGAGAGAGUUAAAGGCUUUCUGCAAGGGACCCAGCAGAUCUAGUCGACUAAUGAGCAUUGAGACCUUGAUGCUGUAAAUGUGGACGACAGUUUCACAUCUCAGGGGCACGAUGAAAGUGGCAUCACUGGAACACAGCAUCAACACUACUUAUCACUGGGUGAUGUUUAUUAACAAUUUGCAGUUAUUGCCUGGAGGCUUAACACUUGCUUAAUAUUCCUAGUUGCCUGGUUGAUGGACCAUAUUGGUGCCUUUUGAAAGUUAGAAACCAACAUUCCACAUGGAGAGCAACCGAAGCCGGAGACAAGCGUUAAGUUAUGGUCUGACCCAGCCCCCCUGGUUCACUUUCUGGGGAGCUGGAUCAGAUCACUGGGGCCAAUCCCAAGACCCUUCCCUCGGGCACAAAACUCCCAUUGACAUCAGUGCGAGUUUUGCCUGAGAAAACUUGGCUCCGGGUACAUUAACAGAUCAACAUGGGUGUGUUGAUCAGUAUCGUAAUAGUAAAUGAAAGUCACCAGCGUUUGGCAAGUCUCAGUUACUUUAAUCAUCCCCAUUCCCUGAAAACAACGCAUGGAUUUCAGUAGGUGUUUGUGUUUAAUGUUUUAGUUUAUACAAAAACCAGGAUUGUAAUUUCAUAUUGUUCAGCAUAAAUAUUAAAUUGAUACUACUAGAAUGUUAUUAGGUUACAUAGAAGGACUCAAAAACAUGUUCCCCUUCUUAGUCAGUUACUCAGAAUAAGAACUCCAAAGCCAGGUGAUGCUUGAUUCAUAAAUAGGAAUUAGACUUUGAAAACUGAUCCUUGACCACAGUUAAAAAGCUCUGUUCUCAUUCCCCGCGUGGAGGGGAGCCUGGCAUGCAUCAGGAGUGGGAUAAAUCCCGCCCUCCAAAAUACAGGCACACAGUACUGCAUGUUUAGUAAUAUUAACUACUGCACGUGGGCAUGUCUUGCACAUCGGUAACUCACUCCGCACCUUGCACAGCGACACUACAAGUUCCAUGGGAAUUUCAGGGGGUGCUCCACAUUGCCUUUUCAUCCCAAAUGGCAAUCGCUAAGGCAACCCUGGCUACACAAGACAUGCACAGUGUCACAGAAACAUGCAACAGUUUCUUAAAGAGAACACCGCCCAAUUUCAUUAGUGUUGGUCAAACAGUAUUCAAGCCAAGAACGGAUAAACUUAGCCUGCCUUUUGGUUCAUGCAUCAUUCCCAGAUUCUGAAAAUACACUUGUAUCUAAGGGCUUGUCUAGGUGGAGGGUUGCACUGGUUUGUCUAACUAUGUGAAAUUCAACAGAUUGAUUUAAACUGGUGGAAAACCUCUGAGUGGACACACUUGUUUAAGUGUAGUAUUCUGGUUUAGCUAAACCAAACUAAAACAAUGAGUGUGUGUCCCCACAUUUGGAUUGCAUCAGUUUGAUCAAACCAGUGUAAGUCUGCAUGUAGAAAAGCCCUACGGUUUUGCUACUGAUUGGACAGUUCUUAUGUCAGUUGGUGAAUGGACAGCUACAGGCAUCUGCAGUGUGGGAUUGAUCAUAUGGAUUUUAAUGCUUCCUAUUGGAAGGACAAACUUUUUAAAAACAGGCGACUACUGAGCAAGAAGAAAGAGCCCGUCUGAUACUAAUUGGAGAGGCAUUUGGUAUUUGCCAAUAUUACUGCGAACAUGGACCGAAUCUGGAAAUUCAUGAGCAGUUAAGCGUAUGAGUCUCCCAAAAAGCUGAAUAGGAGGUUGUUGGUUUGUUUGUUACAGUGCCAGCUUGCCAAACCUGUAUAGAGCUGGGUAAGAAUCCAUGUAAGGAGGACUCUGGCUCGGUCUUACAUGAUCCAAGAUGAAAUUUUAGGCUGGUUCAGGAAUAUUUUUCAUCCUGAUGCUUUACAUU